GUUAUUUGGCAAUCUCUUUAUUUCUGCAUGAAAAUCACGAGUUGCUAGUUCUGCUGGUGAACACGGUGGUGAAGGAUUUGCAGAGUACAAAUCUCAUGGAGGUAUGCAUGGCCCUCACAGCAGCCAGCCAGCUUUUCCCCCAAGAAAUGAUUCCGGCUGUCCUUCCACUCAUAGAGGACAAACUCCAGCAUUCAAAGGAAAUUAUUCGGAGAAAAGCUGUCCAGGCACUCUACAAAUUCUACUUAAUUGCUCCCAAUCAAGUCCAGCAUAUUCACGACAAAUUCCGGAGGGCGCUUUGUGAUAGAGAUGUGGGUGUUAUGGCAGCUUCUUUGCACAUCUAUCUGCAGAUGGUGAAGGAAGAUUCCUCGGAAUAUAAGGAUUUGACAAGCAGCUUUGUAACAAUUCUGAAGCAGGUGGUCGGGGGAAAGCUCCCUGUGGAUUAUAACUAUCACAACACUCCAGCCCCUUGGUUGCAAAUCCAGCUUUUAAGAAUAUUGCGGCUACUUGGAAAAGAUGACCCAAGUUGUGUUGUGUUAUGUUAUGUUCUCUCUGCCUUUUCUGCAGCAAUCCUGUUUGAAUGCGUCCACACCAUUUACACAAUUCAUCCCAAACCUGAUCUGUUUGAGAAGGCCGCCAAAUGUAUUGGGAAAUUUGUCUUGUCCCCUAAAAUUAAUUUGAAAUAUUUGGGAUUAAAGGCUUUAACGUAUGUUAUCCAGCAAGAUCCCAGUCUUGCUCUCCAACACCAAAUGACAAUAAUUGAGUGCCUGGAGCAUCCUGACCCCAUUAUUAAAAGAGAGACCUUGGAACUUCUGUAUCGAAUAACCAAUGAACAAAAUGUCACCGUCAUCGUACAGAAAAUGCUCGACUACAUAAAUCAAAGCAAAGAGGAAUAUACCAUCAUCAACAUUGCCGGAAAAAUAGCAGAAUUAGCAGAAAAAUAUCCUUUUACUUGCUGCGUGUGCCUGUUACUAUCAGGUUUUCUCUUUGUCCAUACAUAUGAUGCUAUUAUAUACAGACCUUAA